ACAAUCGACACUUAAAAUGAUGGAUUGCGAAACUCAGCUGGUCCAAAUAUCAGAGCUUAAGUUAGGAGACCAUCUAUAUGCUUGUUCGGAUAUGCAAACAAUGGGUGACGCUGGCAUCGUCAUCGGGGAAGACAAAAUCAUUCAUUAUGUGAACCCAGUUAAGACGGGUGGUUGGGGUUGUCUUGGUCAGUGGUGCACACCUUUUAUGAGCUCAGCUAGCGGCAACGACAGUGGUGGUGGCGAUGGCCAUGGAAAGGAGCGUAAGACACGUUGCUCGAUAUCUUAUUGUGGACAGGAGAAAGUAGCCGGAAGUAGAGUGAGGUUGUCUUGCAUAGAGUGCUAUAUGAAGGAACAUGGCUAUCUGUAUCGGUUGAUAUAUGAAUCAGAUCCCGUAGAAGAAGUGAUAGAGAGAGCUACUUUUCUAUAUGAAAAUUGGCAUUCCAAGUAUAAACGGAACGGAAUUAGUAACAAUCAAGAUUUUUGCAAUCUAUUGCAAGAUGGCUCUGAUUGAUAUUAAAGGUCUGCCCAACUUUCGAAGUAUAAACGAUCGGGGUCCCACUAACAAACUGCGAAGCUUUACACCAGCUAAUAUUCCACGUUGGAAUUAAACCGAAUGAAGAAGAAAUCAGGUGUGAAGAUGUCGCAAAAUAAGUACAAGGGUCGUUAUUUUGGUUAAUUUCGCCUCUACAUAUUGUAUUCACAAUGAAUAAACACCCAUCUCGGAAACUUUCAUAUUUUUAAUGCAUUAUUAUUAUUAUUAU